CCGGUGAUUGGCCAACCGUACGAGCCGGUGUCCGAGCCCGUUCCUGAUGGCUGGCGGCGGGGAAUGGGCCGCCGCGGCCCUGACGCACUCUCGGACUCUCUUCCUCGACGACCGUGGCGUCCCGCUGCGAUUCUAUCUGCCGCCGGGGCCCACUAAGGCCUCGCUGUCGCCGCUGAUUAUCCACGGCGGUGGGGUGAUGUGCCGGCUCCGGGAGCCGGACGCCAUCCUCCUGACCGAGUUGGCGGCCGAGGGGCCGACGCCGAGAGGCUACAUCAGCGCCCGCUACGUGCUGGACUGCGUGGAGCAGGACAAGCAGCUGACGCUGGAGGAGUACGGAACCUCCCCGAAGGUGGUGACAUCGCUGGGCCGCGGCAGGUUGACGUACACCGAGGAGGAGGACGCCGCCAUCUUGUCGUACGUGCGCUGUCAUGGCGACGGCUCCGUCACCGGCAAUACGCUCUGGAUGGAGAUGGAGCGAAACAACGUGACCGCCCAUUCCUGGCAGUCCAUGAAGAGCCGCUACCUGGGCUGCCUCCGCGGCCGGGAACAGCCCGACAGCGCUAAGAGAAAGCGACCGGCGAUCACCAUUCGGACAGCUCCCGGGGCCGUGGGUGCUCAGGGAGAAGGUAAAAGGAAUCCUGAAAAUCACCAGAUUGAAUUGAAGUCUAUCGAACAAGCAACAACAUCAGCUGAACAACGACCUAAUGCAAAUUCAGAUGAGGAAUGCUGCAACAUAUUUCACGUUGCUAUCCGUGAAUUUGAGGUUGAUGAUGACACUCCAGAAAUGCUGGUAGAAAUUGGUGGUGAAAUGGAAAAGGUCCCUCAAAAACAGGAGAUUGAGAGUGACGGGCUUCCACAGGUCAGCCCUGUUGAGCAUCAUCCUAAACGGAAAGGAACUUUGGCAGAGUUCAUCAUGGACAAUAAGCAUCCAGAAAUAGACUCUCAGACACCAGUAGACGAGGUGUCCUCUUUGUCUACAGCCUCUCAGGAUGAAAUAGAAUGUGCAAUUCAAGCUGUCAACAUGUUGAUACAAACCCAUCACCUGGACGUCCGUGGAGCCACACAGUUGUUACUGAAGAACAAUGGAGAGUUGACAGCAGCCAUGCACUAUAUGGAGACUGGUCACCGGCCAGAUGGUUAUCCUAUCUGGACCCGUCAAGAUGACAUUGACCUGGAGAAUGUCGAUGCACAGGUGCAGGAGAGGUUAAUCCAGAAAUUUGGCUCGGAGAAUUUAGCCAAGCGCAUUGCCUUUCGUAACAUUUAGCAGUAGAAAGGCAAUAAGAUGCCUGAACUCCUGUCUCGUUAUUUCGACAGUCUUGUUUGAACACAAGUUAAGGUGUGAACUUGCUCCUUGAAGGUUAAAGAGCGUUUGAUUGGAUGGACGUUUCUGGGUUGAGGACUUGUUCAGCAAAGUUUAAUUUUGAAAUAAGUAAAAUAAAACUACCCCUAGCUUGGGACAUAUCUGGACUGGGCUCACUAACAA